GAUUCAGCGUUCGUUCGAAGCGGUCGCGAGUCAGCGGACAGAAAAUAAUAAAACACAUAUUAUUGUUAUUAAACAAACCGUCAGAAAAGCAACAGUGAAAACGUUAGCGAGAACCGUUAAAAGCGUUUUGGUCAAAGCCAAAUCAAGUGAAUAGAAAGUUCUUGCAAAAGUGGGCCAAAAGAAAAAAUACACACAAUAAAAAAUAAAAAAAACACCCAGCCAAAUAAAUAAAUUAUGAUCUCGCGAUUUUAAAUAUUGUGUGAAUCAAUUGAAUUCCAAUUAUUAUUAUUAUUAUUAUUAUUGCAAACGUAAUGCAAAUAAAGUGUUAACAAAAAAACAUUAUGUCGAUUGUUUGCACGCUGGAACAGAAAGUGAACUUUUUUAAAGCGGCAGCAACAACAAAAAAUCUUUUGAUACUCAAGAACAACAAUAUUAACAAUACGGAUACCAUUUAUCACAAUAUAAAUUAUAAUCAGGAUAUAUCCUCUACAAGCAACAUUAACAGCAGCAGCAGCAGCAAUAACAACAACAAGCAAUUUGGACGUGGACAAAAUCAUAAUUUGCCAAAGAAAUUUGAACAUCUGCAGUAUAUAAAUCCCUGCAGUGGAACACGCUACUUAACUGCUCUAACAGCAGAAGGAAAACCGAUUAAAAAGGAAGAGCUAUUGCUCUUCCCAGGAACCACACAAAUGCCCGAAGUGCUUAGCGGUACACCAACAAAUAGCCACAAUAAAGCCAUCUCAUCCAGUUCUAUAUCCAUGAUGAAUAACGUACGUUUGACAACCAUAUCACCCACAUUGUCCAUGAAUGGCAGCUCCAAUGAGGCCACAAAUUUGCAUCCUUUAUCCAUGUAUGGUGGAUCGAUAAGUCCUCAGUCAAAUGAUAGUGGAAUGUCCGAUAGCCUUGCCAAGUUUGCUCCAGGAAGCGGUGGCGGUGGCGGCGGCGGCGGUGGCUAUGUCAGUGAUAGUAUGAUGUCGAAACAACCCACACAGAAUGGACCACAAUCCGCAUUGACAGCUGCCCAAAAGGAGCUCUUCUCGCAGCGCAAACAACGGGAAUUCACACCGGACAACAAGAAAGAUGAAAGCUAUUGGGAUCGCCGGCGACGCAAUAAUGAAGCAGCCAAGCGUAGCAGAGAGAAGAGACGCUAUAACGAUAUGGUUCUGGAGCAGAGAGUCAUCGAGUUGACCAAAGAGAAUCAUGUGCUUAAGGCCCAAUUGGAUGCCAUCAGGGAUAAGUUUAAUAUUUCCGGCGAGAAUUUGGUUAGUGUGGAGAAAAUUUUGGCAUCGCUGCCAACCAGUGAGCAAGUCUUGAGCAAUACCAAAAGACCCAAGUUGAGCAGCGGCGGUGGCGGUGGCAGCGGUGGUGGCUCCAACUCUUCCUGCUCGUCGAUGGGUUCACCAGGAGAUGGACACAAUGGCUAUCAGAGUGCAAGUGUUAAUGCUCCCCUCUCACCACUGAUCUAUGGGCCCAAUGUCAAUGCUCGUCCCUCUGCGGCAGUGGAGAAUGCCCAAGUGAAGAGUGUUCAUCAUGUGGUUCAGCAUGGCCAGCACAUUUCGCAACCAUCCCCGCUACCGCCUACACAUGUUGCUCUGCAACCACCUACACAUCCCUCCUCCUAUCAGGCGAUGGCCAGUGGCCAACCUCUUGAGCCUGUGUCUGCUUCAGUAUCUCCGCCCUCAAAUCCCAUUGCCAAUCUUCAUGUAUUGCAACAGGCGCUCAAUCGGAAUGUAAGACCUGAGGAUUUGGAUAGCCUGCGUAAAGCUGUGGCCGUUGGAGCUCUGUAUAGCGCCGCUGCUGUUGGAGGAGCACCACCGCCAGCACCAGCUGUUGUCUAUAAUCCGGCUUCAAACGCGGGAGCUAGCUACAAGGAGCAUCUAGAGGCAAGCGCUUACCUGCAACAGCAACAACAACAGCAACAACAGCAUGGCCAACAACACAGUGUGGAAACAGCAGUCAGUAGCAGUGCUGUGGAUGCAGUGACCAGCUCUUCAGCAGCCAGUGUACUGAAUCUCUCACGACGAGCCUGUUCACCCAACUAUGAGCACAUGCUAUCCUCCACAACAUCAUCCUCUUCAUCCGCCUCCACAUCGUCCGUCUCAUCGGGUGCCGUUUCCGGUGAUGAUGAGCAGGAGCAUGACCAUGCCCAUGCAUCCAGCCCGCAUCUAAACCUAGCUCCCCUUCAAUUGCAACGCAGCAGUCCCAGUGCCAGUGAUGCCAACAAUUGUCUGCCCCUCAAGUUGCGUCACAAAUCCCAUCUGGGUGACAAAGAUGCUGCCGCCAAUGCCCUGCUCUCGCUUCAGCACAUCAAACAGGAACCCAACUGCAGUAACCGUUCAUCGCCACCAGCCUGGAAUGAUAAUGGUGAUAAUUCCAGCGACGAAAGAGACUCAGGCAUCUCCAUAGCCAGUGCCGAAUGGACGGCUCAACUGCAACGCAAGCUGAUGGCUGGACCCAAAGAGAGUGUUGCCCCUGUUGGUGGUGGUGGUGUCAACGGUGGUGUCAACGGUGUUGCGGUCUCUGUCACUGUGUCGAGUGCCGAACGUGAUCAAAUGCUUAAAAGCCAAUUGGAACGCCUCGAAUCGGAGGUGGCUACCAUUAAAAGUAUGAUGAUCUUGGCCGAAUAAGAAAAAUUCACAUGGAUUCAGAGGAGAGAGAGCGAAGAGACAGAUAACAUUUUUGUUGGUCAGAUGGCCACAGAGAGGGAAUAUAUAUGUAUAUGUAUGUGAGAGAUCCAUGGCAUUAGCCGAGACAUAAAUGUAGUACAGGAAUAUUUAACUAAAGGACAUAAACCCUAAUUUCGAUUCGUAAUUAUCUAAAAAUAGAAUUUGUCCUCAACCAGUUGAGAAUUAUAUAAACUACGAAUUGAAAUUUCGGCGAUUAUCCAUGAAAUUAUUUCAAUGUGACAGAUAUUUUAUAUAAUAUCUGUUUAUCCCUAUUAUAAUCAAUUAAUAAUUAUGUAUUCUAUGCGUUAAAAAAAAAAAAAAAACUAAAUAGAUCUCGUCUUAAUUGGAGCUACAAAACAAAACAAAACAAAAUCCUUAAGAUCAUCUUUUAAACAACAUUUAAGAAAUUGUUGAUGAUCAAAUUUUCUUUUUUUCCAUUUUUUAAAGUUUCCUUAUGCAUGAAAAACAAAAAAAAAACACAAAGUAGAAAACAUUUUAGUUAUAGUUCUGCUAAGUAUUCUUACAUCUUGUAUAUACACUACACUACAUAUUAUUCCUAUACAUAUAAAUAUUUGUUGUACAUAGUUUUAAAAGCUAAGCUUCUUAAAAAUUACUUACUGAUUAUCCUAAAAAUAAAAAUUGUAUUCUUUAAGAGAAAAGCGUGAAGCACAUUCAAAAUGCAAAAAACAACAAAACAAUUAAAUAAAUGUUG